CUCCCCUCCGGCGGUAACUCUCUGUGCAUUCCCGUUAACGAUGUUCCGGCUCAAUUCGUCUCGUUUUUCUGAUGCCCAUUCCCCUGUUCAGAGGAACCCAUGUCACCCCUGAAAGUUUUCUGUUAAAUGGUAGUAAAAAAAUGCAAAAACCGAGCCAUCAGGGUUAGUUAUGUUACCUACAGAUUGGCUCGAAACUGCUACCGAAUCAAGUCAUUUCAGUCAUGAUAUAAGCAAAAUGCCUGAUGACCCACCCAAGUAUACGGGCCAUAGACGAGCCCAUUCGGAAAUCUUCACUCUACCCGAUGAUAUUAGCUUCGAUAGUGAUCUUGGUGUUGUGGGUGGCUUCGAUGGUCAUGAAGAAACCGAAGAAGAUUUGUAUUCAAUGUACCUUGAUAUGGAUAAUAAGUCUGGCUCUCAAGUUGUAGAAGAAGUCCAGACUUCAAGAACCACCACCACCACACCGCCUGCGAUGCCGCCAUCUGAAAAUCAUGUAAAUAGUUGUAGUGACUGGAUGAAAGUUAAACAUCUACAUAGUAUGUCCAUGGAUUUUUCCACCGCGUUUAAUGCCGAAGAUACACCGUUAACUGAUGCUAAGAAAUCAAAGUCUGCUGCCAAGCUUGAUGAGCUCGCUCUUGUUGAUCCAAAGCGCGCAAAAAGGAUAUGGGCAAAUAGGCAGUCUGCUGCAAGAUCAAAGGAAAGAAAGAUGAGAUACAUAGCUGAGCUUGAGAGGGAAGUCCAAAUACUGCAAACAGAAGCAACAUCAUUGUCUACUCAGUUGACCCUUUUGCAGCGAGAUGUACAUGGUUUAACGGUUGAAAACAACGAACUCAGACUGCGAUUACAAACCAUGGAGCAACAAGUUCACUUGCAAGAUGCUGUAACAGAUGAACUGAAGAAGGAGAUGCAUCAUCUAAACCUACUUACGGGUCAAAACCUCACAAACGGUGGACCAAUGGUCAACUUCCCUCCAUUAUUUAGGCCGAACCAGCGGUUUAACCCCAACAACCAACCCGUGCACACAAUGUUGACCGCUCAACAGUUUCACCAACUCCAGAUUCAGUCCCGAAACCAGCAUCAUCGUCCAUUUCGACCACCACAACUCCACCGGUUUCAGCAGCAGCCACAACUACACCAGUUCCAGCAGCAGCAAAAACAGCAACAACGAAAUCUUGGUUAA